GCAAACCCCACACGCAAAUUUGCGCCCAAAAAGGUCCAAAAUAUCGACUGCCAUGGAACACUCGCAACGAGAACAUUUUCAUUUCAGAAAAGCACCUCUCUAGUUUCAACUCUUCCACCCCGCAAGGAGCAGCCAUCAUCGCAUCCCUCCCCUCUGAACACUUCUCCUUACCAAAAUGGAACCGCCACCGCCGCGAGCCCCACAAGACCAAUCUUCCCACGCUCACUCUCAUCCCUCCACCACCACCAUCCCCACCACAGGAACUUGCUGCAAAUGCGGCGGCACAACGACCUUCUCGCCACCACCCCUGAACCCAACUUCCAUGCCCGACCUUUCCUCUCCUCCUACAUACCGACCCAUUCGUGCCCCGGCCAUAAACCUCCCUCCGAACAACCAGUCCCAAGCCAUAAUCCUCGCACCCGUGCCUCAAUCCCAAAAAGUCCCAAUCAUCACCCCUCCUUUCCAAUUCCAAACCCCAACCAAAAUAAUCACGUCCCCCGACGACAUCCGUAAAUUCCACGACUCCCCAACUUCCAAAAACUUCCUCGGCUUCAUCGUCGCCUUAUCCGAAUCCAUCCGCGGCCAUAAAAUCUCCGAUCCAUGCCACGAAUCUCCCACUGUCACCAAAAUUGUCUCCAUUGUCGAAACCUUAUCUCUCUGGAUCGACCAAAUCCCACCCGUUCAACAAUCUUCUCGUUACGGCAACAUAUCUUACCGAACCUGGCACGAACGCUUAACCGAAAACGCUGAACCCCUCAUGCUCCAGUUUCUUCCGGAAGACCUCAAACCUUCGACUAUCGAAAUCGUUCCUUAUUUCACCGACAGUUUCGGAAACUCAAGCCGAAUCGAUUACGGAACGGGACACGAAACCAAUUUCGCGGCCUGGUUAUAUUGCUUAGCCAGAAUGGGAAUCGUUAAAGAAGUAGAUUACCAAGCCGUGGUGGCUAGGGUUUUUGUCAAAUAUUUAGACUUAAUGAGGAAGCUUCAGCUUGUUUACUGCUUGGAACCCGCGGGGUCCCACGGGGUUUGGGGUUUGGAUGAUUACCAUUUCUUGCCGUUUAUAUUUGGGAGUUCACAGUUGAUUGAUCAUAAAUAUAUGAAGCCGAAAUCCAUUCAUAAUGAGGAUAUUUUGGAGAAUUUUUCGAGUGAGUAUAUGUAUCUUUCGUGUAUUGGGUUUAUAAAGAAGGUGAAAAAGGGUCUGUUUGCAGAGCAUUCCCCGCUGUUGGAUGAUAUAAGUGGAGUGCCUAAUUGGAAUAAGGUGAAUAGUGGUUUGCUUAAGAUGUACAAAUUUGAGGUGCUCGAAAAGGUUCCUAUUAUGCAGCAUUUUCUCUUUGGAUGGCUCAUUAAGUGGGAAUAAUUUUGGUAUUAUCUUUAUGGAGACACAUACUGUGGAACCAAGGGAAUUCUAAUUUCCUCCAGAUUUCAUGGACAGCUGUAGCAUUAGAAAAUUAUCCCAUUUGCAAUAUAAUAUCAAUGGUACCAUGAACUCAUUGAGUUGCUUCUUUUUUCGUUGCUGCCCAUUCUAAUUAGCUAUGCCAGUUGGAGUGUUGUGUCACUGCUCCCCUUUUUUUUGUUUGUUUAUGAUAUUUGGUCUUUUGAUGAAAGGCCACAGGUUCUGUUAAAUGCUUAAUGUGAUGAAACUUAUGUUUCGCUAUAUUUAUGUACAGCAAGAAGUGCACAAGUUUUUGUGGAAAUUAAGGGACUCACUUACAUUUUAUCAA